CAAGCUUUAAGUUUCUAACUGAGGCGAAACCAGAGUUUAUCGUAAACGAGGUUGGCAAAAGUUCCCAGAGCAGCACUGGCUCCACGCACGGUCGGCCACACUCGCCCUUGCAAAGAAUUGCCAUCAAAUGACUACAAUAUCCUACAGUAGCAGAUGGCACUGCGAGCGUUAGAUACUCCAUGAAUAGCCGGCAGCCAACGAAAACUGCAUGUUUUUACUUCCAUUAGCAACGUUCGAUGUAUGCCAGCUCCUGUACGUAUGAACUGCCGUUGCAGACUGAUUGAUUUGUUGCUGUACCUCACCAGGACCCCUCUGGCGCUUGCGGUUGUUUCAGUCUCGACAUGUGGACGAGGAUCAAAAGAACGGUUUUGGUGAAUUAUUUUCAACUGCUCGGGCAGCAAAACAGUCGGAGUGUCAAGCAGGUACAGGGUUGAGGCGACAAGGCUCUGCUGCUCCAUUAACAAAUUCACAGUUCAAUUACCGCACCAAGAUCCUGGGCAUCUUCCACCACUCCGUUAUGGAUGGCCUCAGUAGACAGAAUUUUUGGAACGAACUUUCGUGCUGCCUCCUUCUCUUGCAAAACAUCGAGAGAUAUAAUUCGUAUAUGCAUGAUCUCUGCCGGGCCGCAGCAGGGCUUCCGUCCUUACCUCAUUUGCCUGUCGGGCCGCAUGGACUGGGAAAUCGGUCGUCAACUUCCCUGUUAAGCGAAAAUGACACGCGGACCUUAACCGUGGUUUCAGCGACACUAUGUGGGGAAGGAACAGGGCCAGCACCGUCGCCGUGUCCGACUGCACCUGAGCAGUUACCCGGCGUUACCUUUGAUCGCUCAACGCAACGCCUUGAAGAAACGUGUCAUGAGACCAGGCACCCACAAAAAGCACGAAGCUCCGGAAAAGUACCCCUUCCGUGUACACGACUGCCAGAUGCACUUUCAUCAUCUACUCUACUGCCAAUACCUCUACAGAUGCUCAAGAUUGUCCUCAUAGCGCCUCGGUUGCUCGCGUGGGGAUACCUAUGGGAACGGCGACUUCUACGGAGAAUACGGAACCCUUUACCCGUUUAUUAUCCUCCAGAUCACUUUGGAACAGAAGCCAUCCUCUGCAGGGCAGAUCGGAUGCCUGACACAGGUGUUAAAGUUGUUAGCCAUAAGCCGAAAACAACCGCAACACCAGGGGACGCGCCCAGAACAUAUCAGCCUUUCACGUCGGUCAUUCCAAUUCUUGUAGAUAGGGAAAUGACAACAAAGUUGGUGCAGAUAUGUAAAAGGAAGAAGGCAGGCCUUCAUGGUUUGAUUAUUAGUACGGCAUCCGUUGCCAUUUCAGAGUUGAUGUGGAAUAGAAAAACGGUUUUAAAGGAGAUUGAUAGUAUGCUCGAAAAAAAGCAAUACAUGAGGAAGGCGACAGAGACAUCGGCACAAACACAUCAUGAUGGCCAUGACUGGCUUCCCUUCCAUCCUUUCGAGAGCGCUGGCAGAGUCACAGCGGCAUUCGGGCCUCCUGGCGCGACUAAACAAGGAAGAAAUUGCGGUUUUGGUUCGAACAUGACUUCAGAGAAUGCUGAACCGACCGAGUCCGCCAACCUCUCCAACAAAAUGGAAGAAAACUGUACAGUUUGCCCUACACCAACGGUUUUGUCACCAACAAGACACCGACCAGUUCAAGGUCCUACAAAAAACAAUCGAUUUUCAGACAAUGCGGUACGGGGACGGCUCUCACCUGAGAAUCAGCUUGCGUCCAUCGUGAAGCCUUCGUCGUCGAUUCAUGGUGAAAAUGAAUACACUGUCGAUUCCCGCGGCGUAUCCGUUCACAACUACCAAUCACAGAACACUCAAACGGAUGGGAAACACGUGGACAGAGACCCUACCUUUGCACAAUCCGCUGCUGCACACCGACCCUCACGCUGUAGAAGAGGAUCGGGGAAACAAGACACUGUUUCAUGCGCUAGUAUUAGAGGAAAAAGAAUGUGGGGAACCUGGUCAGCAGCUGGGGCAGCGUGCAAAAGGGCACGAUACGCUUUUGAACAGCUUCAAGCGAUGAUGCGGAGGCCAACAUGCGAACUCAACCCAGACCGUUUAGGAGCGUCGCAUGUUGAAAACCACACCGGACCUGUGUACUUGUAUUCUCUCCAAGCCGUUAGUGGAAGACGCUGGUUCAAGCAUACGAAAAGAGAUGAGUUUGAACCAACAGAAUUUGAGGACCAAAUGCUAUUUCAGAGUUUCCUUCUAGAACAGGCGCAGGCUGUGCUCCCACAGCUCGCGCCAGGUGAUCCGUUUGGAAUAGGACAUGUCGAGGAGAUGGAAACGCGCUCGUGUAACUUCAAAAGGGACACCCCUCUGCUUUUCUGGGGAAAGUGCGACGAGAACCAAAACACACAAGCAAGCAGCCGACGAGUGACACUGCCUAAUUUUCAGCUGUCCCUCUCUCCGUCCGCAAAACCCGGGACCGGGCGUGGCGUUUCGCUGUCUCCGAGACGAGAAAAGCAAGAGUGUAACGCCGAAGAUGACUGCUGUGGGAUUACGGCGUGUACGGCAUUGCCGUCUCCACAGAUGUGCCACGCCGUCAUGAUGGAUACAACCAGCAAUAUGAGGAAACUCCCGCAAGACUGCGGUCAAUCUCCUCUGGUAGGUCAAGUUGGAGCGCAACCACCGUUCGCCACAUCAGUGGCGGAUAUUCUCCCAGAACAGAGGGUGGGCUUCUCUUCCACCACAGAAACUGAGAGUUGUUUUGAGACCAUCAGAAAUAGCUCUGAUGAAACAAGAGUUCCCAGCGACAGUGAAGCGACAGUGUCGCGAAUGCCGACUGGCCAGGAAGAUAAUGUGAGGGAGCGGUGUGAAACCGAAUGUCAGCCGUCUUGCUGCAAAGACACAAUCGAAACUCCCACCGUAGCAUCUACAGCAGCGCAGGAGUUCGUGAGGCCCGAGACUGAUAUCCUCGGUCAGGAAAACUCUCCUGCUUCAGGAGAGGCCACUAGAACCCAAAAAGCGAACAGUACAUUGGACAAGCGAGGGUCGGGCUUCCAAAACGCUACAGACAUUACACGGUUUGGGAUUCCCGCGAGUUUCAGUUUUUGCUCCCGUUGGACAGACCCUGCUCACGGCCAUAACGGCCCAACAAAAAGCAAACAUUCGUCAGCAUUAAGCGGCUCUUCACCAUUGUCCAGAAAUACCUGUAAUGCAAGCGAAAACGGCGGUGGUGCGAUCGGUGAGCCCCGCGAAAGCAAGGGGAAAAUGCCGUCCAUCAGGAACAGUCUUGCCUUAUCACUGGUGAAGAUCCGGAGCUGGAUUGCCAGAAAAAGCCGCGGCGAGAAGCGCAUGGUAACUCCGCAGCCCGGAGAAAGAAGCAGACCCCCAAAGGUUUCCCUUGAGGGGCCUGACACUCAGACUUGCGACAGUCAGGCGUCCACUACUAACAACAAAGAAGCAUCGAAUGUUCAAGUAACUUCGCGAGCAGCGAUGGGUUCGUACGCUUUAGUUAUUCCCAUAAGAAUUAGAGUGCCGCCGAAAAGUGCUGAUCUGAAGGAGGAGCUCUGGGAACUUGCUAUCAAAUCGGCGAAAGACGUCCACGCUAUUGUGAACGCCCAGCGUCCAUUCCAACCCUCUUACGCGCUCGUUCCAUGGCAUUCUAUCACCGUGUACGUUGGCAGCAUUAUAGACAGGCUGCCUCUCCUGAGGAAACUGGGUGGAAUGAAGCCUACGUACCGUCCAUCAGCCUUUCUUAUCAGUAAUGGAGGUAAAUGGGAUGUGACUUCCGUCGACACGUUCAUGCACCAACUUCUUCUGGAAGUGGCGCAUAUGGCCAAACGACAGAGAUCAAUAGCGGUUUAUCGACUGUUACGCCACAAUCAACUAAUGGAAGAACGUACUCGACUAACAGACCGGAAAAAACACGGAAUGCAAGCGGAGCUGGGGGAGUUUGUGGUUCGUAAUCCCAUUUUCCCUGCAGCAAGCAUCUCUGGCAGUCCAAACCGUCACUUACAUCGUCUAAUGCUCUCCAACAGAAUCUCCACCAGCCCGAGUGGGACUCGGCCACCUUCGUUUACGGGAGAAAACAUACCACGAGCAGUAAGCGCGUCGACUCACAUAAAACGGUCGAUUCGGAUCGAAGAGGUAGGGGGUACGAAUCCCUCUUCUCGACUUCUACACCUGAAGAAACUUCCUCGAACACCCACUUCCGCGCGCUAUGGCGCUCCCACUAAGAAAACAACAGCCACUACCGCGACGAUGGCAAAAACAGUCCCCAAGUUCCAUCCUUUCUCUCUUAAAAUAGAAUCAAGCUGGUCCGUCGUCGCUCAGCACAAUGUAGGUCUCAAUUACUUCGCCCACAACAUCGUGACAGUGGACGGCUGCCUGAACUGGACUCUGCAAUACCAUACAAAUAUGGUCAGCCACGAACUAGCCAUGUGCUAUGCGAACCGAAUUGUCGAAAUCCUGGAGAAAGUAUGCAGGAUUGAAGAGCUUAAAGACAACAGUGACUUGGAAGCGAAUGAACCUCACCAGCACAUGACUAAUUUGUCGACAACGAUGCUCCCCGGGCCGCGCUCCUUCAGCCAUGACGCUGAACAUCCAACGACGUUUCACGGCUGUCAGAAGGAGGUGGAGGGGACAAUGAGGCGGCGGCUUACAGAGGUCAGUAAAAAUUCGAACCCGCAUGGCUCCAAGUAGCCAUAACGGUUAUAUAGAUUGCUUUGUGUUUGACUGACCUGCAGCUGGAAAUGGCAGCAAUUCGUCCCGGCAUGUCGGCGACAUAACACUGCCCACGUGAGAUUCUGGAGAAUACGUGACCCAUAUCAAGAUAUGUAGAUCCACUUCUAUUGCAGAAGAGAGUACUCGAUUAAUGCCGAAUCCACAUGGAAAUGCACUGCAAGGAGCCGGCGUGGUGUGAUUGAAUGGUUGGUGAACGACAUGUGGUUCAGUCGAACUUUUGACAGUUUGCAUGUCAUAAGGACUUUCAAUGGACGUAACUUCUAUGCCUCGUUCUACAAUCUGCGUUGUUUAGCGUCACUGGUGAAGUGCUUUUGAGUUAUACAACAAAGUUUUUGCCGUGCUUCGACUUCAAUGAAGUAGAUAAUUGAUCGAUGGAAGAAACAUGUUUAUGAAGUAAGUCACGGUGUACCGAUG